AUGGAUAUAAGAAAUUAUUACAAAGUAAUUGUUGUGACAUUGAGUUUCACUAUUGGGGCUAUCGUAAAAUUAGCAUUGCUACCGUGCUAUCAUUCAACAGAUUUUGAAGUUCAUCGUAAUUGGCUUGCUCUAACACAUAGUCUACCUUUGAAUCAGUGGUAUUAUGAGAAUCGAUCUGAAUGGACACUCGAUUAUCCACCGUUAUUUGCUCAUUUUGAAUAUGGUUUAUCGAAAUUGGCACCUUACUUUGAUUCGGAAAUGCUCGAUAUUAAUAAUCUUAAUUAUGCAAGCGGAAAAACAAAACUAUUUCAACGAUUAACUGUUAUCGGCAGUGAAAUUAUUUUAGCAAUUGCUAUUUUCUCAUUGUUGAAAAGUAUGCAAAUCGGUAGAAAAAAUCAUGACAUACCCAUGCCAAUAAUUCAACUAUUGUUUGCAUUAAGUUUACUGAACAAUUUUGGUCUCAUGCUUGUCGAUAAUAUGCAUUUUCAAUACAAUGGAUUUCUAUUAGGUAUUUUAUUACUCUCCAUUAGUUGUAUGUAUCAAAAUCAAUAUUUAAUGAGUGCAAUAUGGUUUUCAACACUACUCAAUUUAAAACAUAUUUUUCUUUACAUCGCUCCAGCUUAUAUUGUUUAUUUAUUUUAUGCAUUUUGUAUUCGACAAAGCUCUAAUUGGAAGCGUUUUAUAGUCAAUUUGAUAGCACUUGGCAUUGCUACUAUAGUUCCAUUUAUAUUAUCGUUUGGUCCUUUUAUUCUUAUGAAUCAAUUGCCGCAAGUACUCUCACGAUUAUUUCCAUUUAAACGUGGCCUUUGCCAUGCUUAUUGGGCACCUAAUGUAUGGGCUAUCUAUAAUGUUCUGGACAAAGGAUUGGCUACGAUUGGACGUUAUACACGCUUAUUUCAAGUGCGUUCGACAUCUGUAUCGAUGACAUCUGGUCUUGUACAAGAUAUUGAACAUCAAGUACUACCUUCUAUUACUCCUGCAAUAACAUUUAUCUUGACAAUAGUGUUUAUGAUGCCAAGUUUAAUUCGACUAUUUCGUUGUUGUUCAAAACGGACUUUUCUUGAAACAAUUAUUCUCUGUGCACUUACUUCGUUUCUAUUUGGAUGGCAUGUUCAUGAAAAAGCUAUUUUAAUCUCGAUUAUACCACUUAGUUUAUUAGCAUUCGAUAGUCGAGAACAUGCUCGAUAUUUUCUUUUACUUUCUACAUUUGGUGGAUUUUCAUUGUUUCCAUUGAUAUUCACUGGACCAGAAAGUAUGGUUAAAAUUGGCCUGUUCAUCGGUUAUACAACUUUUCUCUUUUAUGCACUUGGUGAAAUACAUGGCGAUCAUGGUUCAACUUUUAAUCUUCCAUUACUCAAUCGAUUGGAAACAUUUUCUAUCGUUCUAUUGAUUCCGCUUUGUGUCUAUGUCGAAUGUUUACAUACGAUUCUACAUAUCGAUCGUAUUCUACCAUUUCUUCCUUUAUUACUUAUUUCUAUCUAUUGUUCAUUUUUUAUUGUCUAUUGCUGGAUUCGAUUGCACACAAUCGAAGCUCAUCGAGAAGAUGAGUUAACAGCAGUCGAAUCAACUGUGAAAUUUAGUGGACAAUUGAAUAAGAAAGAGAAGAAGAAAAAUUAA